CUCAAAUUCCCUCGGACCACGAAACGUGCGCACGCACCAGCGGUCUCACGAUGGGAUGCACAUCAUCAUCUCACAAGCCUCAAGAGAUGUCUCGGACGACUCGAACAGUCGUCCGAUGGACCGUUGAAUAUGACGAGGUGGCCAUUGACGUUGCCGAACCGCGCUGGAGCUUCCGAUCCAUGGAACACAUGGAACAGAUUCCACCGCAGAGCACACAUUCUGGCGCCGAGUUAGAGCGAUUCAUGAAAGAAGUGGAUUCCGCAGAUCUCGAACGAGUUGUUCAGCAAAAGCGCGAGGAUCACCUUGCACGGAGGCUUCAUAUGAGAGGUUUUGAUUAAGCUGGGCAGUGGCCAUGAAACAAACCCCCAGGUUGAUCCAAUUUGAUCCAAUUUGCUGGAGGGGGUUGCCACAU